AGCAGAGGUGUUUGCCCAAGCAUUUGUUGCGGUGUGGCAGUUUUCACAAGAACCAUUCGAUUCCGUCUGUCCGUCUGUUCCUCCUCCCUUUUGUGCCGCGAUGCCGGUGCUGCAGCGCUUGGACUGGAUUGGCUGCCAGGCGCAACUGGGCAGACCAACGCAUGUCACAGUCGGCCUCAGCGCAGACCCGGCCGAGCUAAAGGUCAAAGUUUGUCUCAUCAGCACUGGCUCAUGAAGCCAUGCCUGGCCUGUGGCUGCGCUUCAUGGAGUUCUCUUCUCAUUAUUCACAGGCUGCGCGAUUCAGUUCACCUGCGCUCCGCUGUGGACCUUGGUGGCGAGCGCACGAAGGGAGUCUCCGAGGUGGCAGUGCGGCUAUCUAUUGGCCCACGACGGCCAAGGUGACGCCACGAUCGGGGAGGACAGAUUGUUGGAGGCCACCCCGUGCGCCCAGAGCAGCCAGUCCCAAGUAGCGGUGCAGAGGGUAUUUAUGUUUGUGCUGGGUGCCCCUGCACCAGACCGAAUCGCUCUGUACCCGCCCGUUCUGUUACCCAUCGUGCUGCCUGGGUCGCUUCUGGUAUUCAUCCGAAAGGCGGGCCAUAACAAAGACGAGGAGACGGGCAACCGUCGUGAUCCUGAGCCGUGGCUGAAGGGCAUGGGCAAGCCCCCAAAAGCGGGUUCAACCCUGAGACGUUCUCGUUGCUAGCUCGUUGCUGGUCUACGCCACGUCGUUCCCUAGCCUGCUGGCAAGGGCAUUGGCAAGGACAGCGCCUCGAACGUCAUCGGGCUCCCGCAGGAGCUUUUUCCCCAUGGGGGUCGUGUUCGAGAUGAGCUUCGCAUGGUCAUGCUCACCUCGAGUGCCCUGCCGCGCCCCAGCAAGGGCGGGGGCAAAGGCAACGCCGAGUUGGCAGAUGCAGAGCAGGCGCUGAGGUUCGGGACCGUAGCGGACGACGAGAGGGCUCUCCGCAGGCAGAGCAUCGUAGCUCGCAGAAGACAGACGCCAAGAAGGGUAGCAUGCCAGAGAUUUGAGGUUCGACGACGGCAGCGUAGCUUCGCAUCGUACGUGAGAGCACUGGAGCAGUUCCCCUGGCUCCUGGAGGAGAGGAAGGGGUAUGCUCGAGUAUUGGUGGUGGACGAGGAGUCGGCGGACCCUUUUCCUUAGCUUGUACAGCUUUGUGCAUCACGUCGACGUUCACGCCGCCUCGCACGCACGAGAUUCACCCUUUGUGUAUGCCUCCGCAUUCUUUGAGCGGGGGGGUGAGGUGGGGGCUGCGAAGUGUAUCGUGUGCCGAGAGUGGGUUUGGCCGCCGCUUCAACAAGGCGCGGCCCUUGCAAUUCUGCCGAGGAAACUGUUGACGGUAUUUCUCAUCAGGCCCGUGUGUUGACAUUCGUGGAUCUGUUCUUCGGAUGCUUCAGAGGGUGUGACCAGAG